GUAUUACUCUGGUCUUGGUAUUAUCGUGACAGACCGCAACAACUUUCAGCACAUCGUUUCGCGCUCACAGCUUGCCAAGAUGGUGAAGACUACAAGCCACUUCACUAACAAACGUGGCCAGAAGCUCUAUUGGGUUGCGCACGUGCCCGACAGCGGCGAGGUCAAAGCUGUGUUGUGCUGGCAUCACGGUCUGGGAGAGUACAUCGAUCGCUUUGAUGCAACCUUCAAGGUGUGGGCGGACGCCGGCAUUGCCGUGUAUGGCUUCGAUGUUCACGGCAUGGGUCUAUCGGAGCCGUCUAAGGCAUCUGAUCGCAUCCUGGUCAAGAAGUUUGACUAUCUGCCGGAGGACGCCAUCCACUUUCUGGAGGAGGUGCUGCAGCCAGCUUUGAAGGCUAACGGCACCGACUCCAAGCCGUUGUUCAUGGCGGGCAACAGCCUGGGCGGGCUGGUGGGCAGCCAUGUGGUGUUGCGGCGGCCCGACACCUUCGCCGGACUGCUCAUGCAGUCGCCAGCCAUCGACGUGGAGUGGACGCCCAUCCUCAAGUUCCAGGCCGCAGUCGGAAACAUCCUGGCCGCCAUGGUGCCUCGCGCGCACCUGGUGCCGGCGGUGCGGCCGGAGGACAUGAGCCAGGACCCGGCGGUGGUACAGGCCUACCUGGACGACCCGCUCAUCCCCAAGGGCAACGUCAAGGCGCAGACCGGCAAUGAGUGCCUGAAGGGCUUCCGCGCUCUGGUGCCGCUGCGCAAGCAGUUUAAGCUCCCCAUCUAUGCUGUGCACGGUACAGACGACAAGUGCACCAGUCUCCCGGCACUGCGCGAGCACCUGAAGCACGUGAGCAGCAGCGACGUGACGCUGAAGGAGGUGCCGCAGGGCCGCCACGAGCUGCUGUUCGGGCCGGAGAAGGAGGAGGUGCGGGCGGAGAUGCGCGACUGGAUCCUGGCGCACGCCAAGUGAGGUCUUGACGGGUGUCUAGGCUAGCCACUUGUGGUGGUGUGUGGCGGGGGCGCAUGUGGCCGGAGCACAUGCCGGGGGCUGAGGGGUUUCCGAGUAUCGGGGAUCGUCGUGCUAAGGUGAGGGGCUGUAUCGCGCGCAGCGGUCGAAGACGGCAAUGACUAUGGACUUACGGGUUCUGAACGCCAAUCAAGGGAGGCAGAAGCAGAGCUGGGACGGUGUGCUGGCCGUGUGAUUACUUGCAAGAACGGGCUGGCCCCACAGUAUAGCCAGCAGAUGGUGGAUACUGUUUAUUUGUGACACUGUGUCGGAUGUUAUGCUCACCUGGUCUUCAUGUGAGGGAUUUCUUCAGAAAUUGAGACGGCAUGGCCGCGUGGGAUGGUGAGGUGCGCAGCGCAAGGCAGGCGUGAUGUGUGCAAAGCGGUGGGAUAGGCUUCCACCUUCGCAUUUACCGUGAUAUAUCCGGCGUGCUGCCUGGACACAAUAAGUAUUGUAUCGAUGCGCCAUUGAGCUAGAUAGUAAGAUAUGGAGGCAGGAGUGCAGGACAUCUGCGUCGCCCUGCGUGCUGAGGGAAGGCGAAGCCACAUAGAUGCAACAGUGCAAGAGCAAGGUGGUGAGACUUGUAAGAGCGGCAAGCC